AUGGCAACAAUUGCGCUCUCAUGGGCUUCUGCGUCGCUUGCGCUGGCCCUCGUGAUUGUUGGCUACUCCCAUUCGGUACCUUUGAUUCUAAUUACUGCGUUGGAGUACACAGCCGGGCUUUUUCAGCUGGCUAGUCUGUGUACCUCGAAUUGGCUAGUUUGUGGGAGUUGCUUGCUGGUGAACCUGGCAUCGAUGCCCGUUGUUGUCUACUGGAUAGAGACACUGCUGGAUGCCCCUUCCAAGUGCAAAUACCUCGAACUGUCGCUGCUCACAACAUAUAUUGUCUCGUGUCUGUUCCGUUUGGGUGUUGGAAGACGUAUUUCCAAGAUUGAGGACCCUGAGGCCAACACAGUCAAGUAUAGAACCUCGGCACAGACCCUGGUGGACGAAAACGCUAACAAAAGCGUCGACCUCCUGUGUCAGAAAUCCAUGGACCUCUUGCAACCGAACACAGAGCCCCAACUGAGACACGACCAGGAGUCUGUCCGGUCAGAAAAAGCGUCGUUCCACAACACCUCAUCGGAUUCGUUUGAGUUCCAGUACAAAUCGGACGCCCCGAACGAGCACCAGUCGAUGAUUCUUCCUCAAUUGGAAGACCCGCUAGUUCCUGUGUCUUACUCCUCGGCCGAGCUCGAAAACAUCACAGAAAUACCCCUCCCGCAAUGGUCCAGCCCUGCAUACCCAGGAAUGAACCAUAUCUCGCUCGAAUCGUGGAACAACAACUCUGCUAAAUGGCAGGAACAGCAACAGCUCUGGGGAAACAACUUUUUCAAAAGACCAGACAUGACACGCUCGUUCAGCAACCCAAUCUCGAUAGUGUCGGAGAACCAGUUGCAGGCAACUACUUCCCGAUCAAGAUCGUCCACUGUUACGAGGUAUUCGCGAAUGAGCCCGUCCGCAUCGAGCAGUCCACUCAAACGACUCCGCAGUCUUAAGUUCAAAAGACAAAUCAAGCAUUCGCAGUCCCAGCCCGAGCUGAACUUCGACUUUUUAAAGACCUUGCAAACGUCGCCAAUCAGAACACACCAGCAUCAAAAGACACUCUCCUCUAAUUUCAAAACACCAUACAGUUCUCCGGUGAAAUCUGUGGCAGGAAUUUCGCUGCAUAAUUUAAACGAGGAUCGCACUCCGGAUAGCCAGCUGAGUAACCCGUCGUCAAAAAGCAGCGUUCCGUCCGUGGUGAUCGGGGCAUACGACCGCGAAAAAUGGCACACCAUCAAAUCACAGCUGCUCCAGGAAGCCCUUGAAUCAAAUUGA